GAGAUUUCGCAGUGCUUGUUGACUUGGGUGCCUGGUCCGCACUCCGCUAGCGGAUCGAUCCGACCACGAAUUGAUUCCCCUCCCUGGUCGCCUAUCCGCUCGACGGAUCACGCCGGCUGGCCGCCCGCCCGCCCGCCGCCGCGAGACCCUGCCGGUGGGCAGGUUGACUCCGAUGAGCCCUCCUCCGCCGUCGCGUCCGACUCCCACUUACAUCCUCCUCCUGCUGAUCUUCUUCUCGCUAACCGCGUCGGCUGCGCAACCAAAAGGGGUAUGUGUUUCACCUGGUGGACGGUUCUCUGCUUUCUCAUCUGAAGGCAAGCCUCCUGGAAAAGCAGCAAAGGGGCGCAGAGACCUAGCACUAUGUAGGAUAUUCCGCCAGAACACAUGUUGUGACGUGACACAGACAUUUCCUGCCCUGCUUUCAGUGCGAAAGCUCUCGUCAACUGGUGAAGGCAGUGGAGAAUGCCUUCAUUUGUGGGAGUUGCUCGAGUGCUCAGUCUGUGAUCCACGGGUGGGUGUCAGGCCUGGACCUCCUGUUAUAUGUGCAUCAUUCUGUGACAUGGUUUUCGAAGCUUGUUCGGAGGCAUACUUCUCCAUUGAUACAAAAACACAGGCCUUAUCUCCUUGUGGUUUAGGUGACAUCCUUUGUGGCAAAGCACAUAAGUGGGUUUCUAACGGCACAGAGCUAUGUCGCCUUGCUGGUUUCUCUGUGCAAGUUUCUGAUGCCAGUCCUAGUGAAGUUGUCGAAACCUUCUGCUAUGGCGGGAAAGCAAGUUUGGAUUCCAUCUCUUAUACAUGGACGUCUUCAAAAGAUCGUCCAGUAUUACAUGAUAUGGCCUCCUGGGAUCUUGAAAAUUUUCAGAGAUGGGCAAAAGAAAUGCCUGUUGGUGAAAGAAUUUCGUGGGCAGUUGGAGGAAUGGUUCUUACAGCAGGCCUUAUUUUUAUCAGCAAAAGAGAGGGCUACAGCCGUCGUCGUAAGCAAGCUUCUGUCGCUCAAACUGUAAGAAAAAUGGAAUCGGGAGCUAACCCGCAGCAACUGAAGCGAUGCUAGGAAGACAUAGGCACCUGUAGCAUUACUAAUAGAUGAUCUCUUGGAUUUGUAUUUUUGCCGCUCUGUGGUUAUAUUCUAAUCAACUAUGAAAGAUUGGUUGUUACACUGUGUCCUCCCUAUCCUGGUGCGUUGGUACAACCACCUUUUCUCAUGUUGUGUGAAAGAAAAGCUGAAGAGGUCUAUGAAUUGUCGAGAUUCUUUCUUAAUGCAGUUUUUACUUUUGCUUGA